AUGUCCGAGGUUGCUUCCCGGCCGUCCGCUUCGCGCGGCAGAGGCUCUGGUCGAGGUGGACGAGGAGGCUUUGCAGGCCGCGGUGGUCGGAGGACCAAUGGCGACAAGCCUGAAGCCAAAUCGGCCGACGGUCCCAACUCGGCUUUCGAUGAUGAGGGCGACGUGAGCGAGCUCCGAAAGCUAUACGGUGACAAGACGGGUGUCAUCCGCGAAAUGUUCCCAGACUGGUCCGAGGUCGACGUGCUGUUUGCUCUCCAGGAGACCAACGGCGACGAGAAUGAAGCCGUGACUCGCAUCGCCGAGGGCAACAUCUCUCAGUGGGGCGAGGUCUCCAAGACCAAGAAGCCCAAGGCCAAGGACAUCACCACUGCACCUGCCACCACCACCGCCAACAACGAUUCGUCGGCUGCCCCCAGCUCCAGGCUCGCCCGUGGUGGUCGUGUCGUCUCAGAAGGCGGCCGUGGUGGUCGUGGUGGCAGGGCUACCGACCGUGUAGGACGCGGUGGUCGGGGUGGACGCCCUGCUCAGCCUGCUACCACCAAUGGAACACGUACCGGCAAGGAGAAUCAACCGCUGUCCGUACCCACCGAGGAGUCAUCUGCCUGGUCGACUGAGAAGCCCAAGGCGGAUGAUGGCGAAGUGAACGCCGUCGUUGCCGCCCCCUCCCCUGCCCCUGUUGCCGACUCCCCCAAGCCCGCCGCCGCCCCUGUGGCCAAGACGUGGGCCAGCAUGCUCCGACAGUCGACCAAGCCUGCCCCCAAGCCUCAGCCCCCCCAGGAAGCUCCUGCUCCUGCUCCUGCUGAACCUACCGAACCCCAGCCCGCUGUCCCCGCUGUCCCCGCCGUCUCUGCUGCUGCCGAGGCUGCGCCCAUCGAGACCGAGACCCAGCCCGAACCCGCUCCCGCGCCCGCCGAGGAGAAGACUCCUAAUCUCGAUCAGGUCAUUGACGUCUCCGAGCCUCCUACCACGCACACUGCUGCAAGCACCACCGCUGAUUCAUGGGAUCCGCGACAGAGUACCACCGCCACACCCCUCUCGGCUGCCCAGCAGCAGCACCAGCCUCAGCGCCAGUCGAGCGGCUACGCCGCUUCGGCUAUCAAGGCCACCAACGACCGCGCCGUGCGUACCCCCACGCACCAGAGGCGCGUUCUCGACCAGGAGGAGGCUGUCCGCAUGCCUGGCAACAGGGAGGUUGACCGCGCCGCUGUCCAGUUUGGUGCCUUCAACCUCGGAGGCGGCGACGACGACGUUGAUGGCGAACGUGAGGAGGCCGAGACCCGUGCUCAGCCACCCGUCGAGUCGCCCGUGUCGCAGCCUCGCGCCGCUCUCCCUCCCAUGUCCCAGCCUGGCCCGGCCCCCGAUGCUUUGCAGAGGACCCCCAGUGCUGCUGGGUCCCAGUGCUCAGUAUGGUAUGUAUUGUAUCCUGCUCCGGUGACGACGACGACGACGACGACGACUGCAGAGGCAUGUUAUCUCCCCUACACCUUCACAGCUGACACAGAAUCGGCUACAGGUGCUGGUCAUCCCGCCGCUGCCCAGAGCCAGCAGUACGGCCGCUUCGGUCAGCCCGCUGCCCCGGAUGGAGCCCAGAAGGCUCUCGACCACUUUGCCCAGCAGAACGCCCCGGCCGCGCAGCCCCCGCUGGACUCGUUUGGCGCGCAGACGUCGCAGCCCCCCUCGGUCGGUCUCAGCUCGGCUCCCAGCGAGUACUCUCCGUACUACACGGCGAACCAGCAGGACCGCAAUCCCUACGCCUACUACAACCAGCAAUUUUCCCAGCAGCAGGGUGGUGUGGGCCAGCAGGAGAGUGUCCCCGGACAACAGCGUCCCUUUGGCGCGUACGGCGCGUCGGCCCAGGCCGACAACCUCAGCCAGUACCCGCAGAGCGGCAUGCACAGCCAGCCGCGCUUCGGCGGCGCCAACAGCGACGCCCAGAACAGCGGGCACACGACGCCCAACCCCACGGCCCAGCAGGCCCAGCAGCAGGCCCAGCAGCAGGCCCAGCAGCCGGCCGGCGCUCCCGGCGCGCAGCCCCAGUCGCACGCGCACCAGUACCCCGGCUACAACCACCCAUACUUUAGCAACCCGUACUACCACCAGUACUACUCUGGCUACGGCCAGGCCGGCUUCAACCCGUACAGCAAGGGCGGCAUGUAUGGGCAGCCCUACGGCAUGUCCCCCAGCGCGCCUUUUGACCACGCCAGCUCGCCCGCGUCGUUCGGCCAGUCGUCUCUGCACCGCGAGAGCGGCAUCAGCUCCGGCCUCGGCGAGUACGGCCGCGCCGGCGCCGGCGCCGGCGCCACGCAGGCUGGCGGUGCUCCCGGUCUCGGCGGCGCCAGCAGCUUCGGCAGCGUCAACGAGAGCUUCUCACGCGGCACCUCGUCGUUCCAGUCGCCGGGCCAGGGAUUCAACAGCCAGGCUCAGCCGGGCAACGCCGGUGCCUCGGGUGACGACCUCAAACCGUUCGGCGACUCCAAGGGCGCCUCGGGCCCCUCUCCGUCGAUCGGCGGCGCCCGCCCCGGAUCGGCCGCGGCUACAAACAGCACCCCGGCCGGCCAGAGCGGCCUCCCCCCUCCCCAGACGCAGAUGGGCGCGGGGGGCUACGGCGGAUACCCUAACCACCUCCAGGGCCACGGUCUGCACGGCAGCAGCGCCUACGGGAUGGGCGGUGCGGCAGGCGGUGCGACGCAGCACGGCAGCACCCCCUACGGCUCAUACGGCCAGGGCGGCUUCGGCAGCGGCUACUACGGAGCCGGACAGGGCCAGGGCCAGGGCCAGCAGCAGCGCGGCGGCUGGGGUGGCAACUACCACUAG